GAAAAUGACGUCAUAGCACGAAAUCACGCGGGAGUUUCCACUUCGGAGUUGUUCCAGGAGUUGUGCCAAGGGAAGGGGAGAGCACAGGUGAGUAGUUUAAGGGUGGGGGACACCUCUAUAGCACUCCCAGAGCGCUCCCAAGAAGCCCCACCAUCCUUCCUGGAGAGUUGGUGCUGAUGGAGGGAACCAAUGGGAGCCCUGGACCACGCGCCUCCCUAUUGGUCCACCGACUGGCAUGCAAAUGAGGGCCGACGUCACUUCCUUGGACAAAUCGAGCGCCAUUUUCUCUUUCUGGCUUGGGAAGGAGGGAGGAGUAGCAGCCGGAGGUGGGUGGAUGGGAGCGCGGGCUCAGCGGGGCUGAGCGGGGCACCGGGUCCGACGCUGCACGGCUGCAGGGCGAGCGGUCGGGGCGAGGAUGCUGCGGCUGGUCCUCCUGCUGCCUCCGCCGCCGCUGCCCGUCCUGCUGGGCCACUGAGCGCGGGCUGCAGGUCGAGACCGGGAGGCGGGGCAGGGCGGGGCGGCCGCGGAAGGAGUGACCGAGCAGCCGGCCGACCAAGCAAGCGGCCGCGGACGGAGGAGGCGGCGCCGGAGGCUGCAACGCGUCCAAGCGCCUCGGGGAGGCGCGAGCGCAAGAACCGGCGGGCAGGCAGCGGGCUCCCCCUGCCGCCCGGGCAGGUAGGUGCAACACUGCGGCUCCCUGGUGCCCAGGGCGGCCUCCGCCUCCCUCAGGCCGCCUUGGCAGGAGCCUCCUCGGUGCGCUGCCAGCCAAGCCACAGCCAGAGGGCAACCCCAGCCUCGUGGGGAAGCCCGCCUUCCCUCCCGCGGGCGCGGAGGGGGGGAAAGCCGCGAAUGGAAGAAAAGGCCUGCUCGCUUCUGCCCGGCGCUGCCACCAGCUCUAAUAGCUGAGGGGCUUAAAUAAGGUCCGGGGGCUCCUCGGAGGCUAGGGAGGAUGGAAUGUCGUGAGGCAUUCGGGUUUGCAGCAGUAUUUUUAUUAUUAUGCGUUUAACACCACCAGCUUUGCCGCUCUCCUUCAUGUGGAACACCAGUGAUUUCAGGAAGCCUGUAAACUCUCGACUGCUUCUGUGUGGGGUGGCCAAAGCUAGACCCAUUUUUUAAAAUAAAAAAAAUCAUUUUGGAAUACUAAACCGGUUGCUUAAGGCUAAAUAGAAUUGUGAUUUUUUUAGGAAGUGCAUUAACAGGGUUUGAGUUAAAGAGAUGGACUGGAGCAAGCUGUCGAGGCUGUUUAUAGAGUGGUUAAUGGCUAGUGUGGUACUUUUCUGGUCCCAAGACUUGAGGCUCGGUUGAUAGCGUUGCAUAUUUUAGGAUCUUGCAUUUAAUUGUCACUGUGGUACUGUAUGUGUGAUUGGUCUGUUUCCAGCAAGUGAUCUGUAUUUCCAUGGAAGAGUCUGUGAGAGAACUCAUAUUCCACUGAGACCUGGAAUCCAGAACAUUUUUCACAAAGUCAUGUGUCUGUAUGGCCUUAGAGGUGCAUGCCUCUCUUUGGUCAUGGUGGCUAACCAUAUGGCAGCUGGAGAGAUCAUGACAUUUUAGGCUUGUAAAGGCUUGAACUUGACUCCCUUGCAAAUGUGUUCCUGACCCACAGUUAGAUUAAGAAAGGGAGAUCAUCAGGAAAGGCAGGAUAACCAAAGGUGCAGAGGGUACAAGAGAAGAGGGAAGAAGUCCUGUGCUCACAUACAAGUGAGAAGGAAAAUGAGAGAGGUAACACUUUGCAGCUCAGACACAUUUUGUUUCUGUGAUUUUGCCCUCUUUAUCUUACUAAAGCACUAUUUUUUUCUUUACUCCAUUUAUAUGCAGCUUAAUGUAUUAACAAAAUCUCUCAAAUGAAGUACUGUAAACUGAAACAGCAACGAACAAUAAAUAAUACAGAAAUACAUUUAACAAAUAAUUGCAUUAAUGCAAUUAACAGUUUACAGAAAUACAGUUAACAAAUCAUUGCUGAUACAAAUAAGCCACCCCUCCAUUCACAGUUCCUUCUCCAGCCUCUGCCCUUUCUCCUGCAGCUUCUUUAUUGUCUCUUGGGCAGGGCUUGCAUUUAUAGGCAGGUACCAAGGUGGGCUCCUGCCAACCUAGCAGUUUGAAAGCACGUCAAAGUGCAAGUAGAUCAAUAGGUACCGCUCCGGCAGGAAGGUAAAUGGCGUUUCCGUGCACUGCUCUGUUUCGCCAGAAGCGGCUUAGUCAUGCUGGCCACAUGACCCGGAAGCUGUACGCCGGCUCCCUCGGUCAGUAAAGCGAGAUGAGCGCCGCAACCCCAGAGUUGGCCACAACUGGACCUAAUGGUCAGUGAUCCUUUUACCGUUACCUAUUACCACACCUGGCUCCAGGUACAGUAGGUUUGGUAAAUUUCCCAGGGGGUGCUGAGGAUGGGAAAAGGACACCCAUCCACUCAAAAGUUAUUUCGCCAGCCUCUGCCCUUCUCUUCAGCUAAUGUAGUAAACGAUUCAGGAGCUCAUAAAUUGAUGCAGGCAGGUGCAUCAAUGUAGUCUUUUAAAGAAAACUUAGUGUGUUUGUUGCCUCUCCUAGUCAGCAGUGUUGUCAUGGCUGCCUUGGCCUGAGUGUUUAGUCCAGAGUAGACAUGCUGAAUGAUGCCAGGUUAAUGAUAGAAUUGUAGAGUUGGAAAGACUGAGGGUCAUAUGGUCCAGCCCCCUGCAAUGCAGGAAUCUCAGCUAAAGCAUCCAUGACAGAUGGCUUGAAUAUGCAAUCUUGAUUGCCUUAUAUUAGUUUUUAAAAAAUUGUUUAAUGCAUCUUCACAUCUUAAGAUCAAACUGGAGAGGCUUUCAAAUGUAGUUGUGCACAGAAUUGUUCUUCAGAUCAUGAUCUUGAAACGAGGAACAGCGGAGAGAUCUGUCAUGGCUGGAAUUUUGCUGCUUAAGAGUCAAAACACCAUUCAUGUUCUAUGACAGAUUAUCGUUUCAGCAAUUGGAAUUGUAGCCAAGGGAAGGCUUUGAGUGAAGUGAAGUUCUCUCCUGUGCACUGAUAUAAAUGUAAAAUUUCCUUAUGGUUCUUUUGGUCUUGGUCUUGUAACUCCACUGCUGCUCAAACUUAUGUCAUUUAUCUCUGUCAGCUCUUUGGCCCUUAAUAUUCAGUGAUGUAAUUUUUCUGGAAAGUUUUGGAAUGGAAUUUCUUCCAAUGCAAAUUAGGCUAAUUAACAUAGUGGAAUUUGUAUUGGAGUAUUUUCAGUUUCCAUGGAAUUUCUUUUAUGAUUUCCUAGAGAGUUCUAAUUUAGUAUGCUUAUUUAUUUUAUAUAUAUAUAUAUAUAUAUAUAUAUAUGGUAAACAAUGGUUAAAAACUUUGCUUGCCUAACAUAUUUUAAGGGGUAACUGUUACCAUUCAGCCUAUGAAGCAGAACAUUUUUCAUGGAAAAAUAAAGCACUGGAAUAUUUUCUGUCUCAUGUUGACUAUGUUGUUAUGCAAAACCUUAUUCUCACAUGAGAAAGUGGUGAGCAAACCAAAUUAUUUAUCAUGUAUAAAGUGGAGCAGUCCAGUCCAGGAAUUACGUUUUCCAGUUCACUAGGGUCAAGAGCAGCUCCAGUCCAGGUCUUGCAUACAAGUUCUAUAGAGAUCUGAUCCCGAAGCAGCUGAAGAUGUAGAUUUAUGGUGGGCUUUCCCCUCUAUGUGCUCAGGGGUCCACAGUUUUAGAGGGCUACAUCAGAGGCAAGACCCUGAGUCAGAAGAAGGUGAGACCUUUGUCUCACACGCUUUCCAAAUAAAUGCAGACAAGAGAAACAAAGGAGGAGAAAGUUCUUUGUUCCAGUAGGCACAGCUUACCUUCCAUCUCAGUGCUCCCAGGCCAAACAUAGACACUUUUGUCUCCUUACCUAUGAAAGCUCAGGCAGCAAGCAUGUAUCCCAGGAACAGAGUUCAAGAGGAGCCUGGCACAUGGUUCAAGAUGGAAAGCAGGCAUGUAUGUGGUGGGCUGCACUGUGGGAAGGUUCCUUGCUUUGACUUUGGUCAGCUCCAGUCUGAUACUGCUAAGAAGAGUUUGGAUUUGAUAUCCCGCUUUAUCACUACCCGAAGGAGUCUCAAAGCGGCUAACUUUCUCCUUUCCCUUCCUCCCCCACAACAAACACUCUGUGAGGUGAGUGGGGCUGAGAGACUUCGGUGAAGUGUGACUGGCCCAAGGUCACCCAGCAGCUGCAUGUGGAGGAGCGGUUCACCAGAUUACGAGUCUACCUCUCUUAACCACUACACCACACUGGCUAAGUAAGCAGCUGUGCGUAGCACAGUUAACAACUUAUGCAUGGCAGUUACUUGCGUACCAGUGCAAUGUGUUGUUCUCUUAGAUAACAGUUCUAAGUAGCCACAGCAUGCUCAGGGGAUGGAAAGGGAAGAAGUACAUGCAUGGUGCUGGAUAUGUUUUGAAAGCUUUGGUUGCAUCCAGUUGCACUGGAAACUUUGCCUGCUCCUUCCACCUGCUGGAAUCCUACCACACUGGCUAUUUAGCAUUGCAGUCUUCUGUUUGUAUGUGCAUUUCAUCCUCUGGUUAUGCCGUGAUAUGGCUUUUGCAAAAAAUGUGUUAGCUGAAUAAUGAAUAACUUGUGGCUAGCACUGAACAAAAAUAUGAAAAACCUGAACAUUGAUAGCUUAUAAAAUUAGAAAUGGUGGGGGAAAUUGAACUUGAAGUCACCUGAUGAAAUUGAUUGGUACUAGGCUGAGGGUAGAACAGUAAAUAAUUAAGGCUACAUCUUACAGAAUUCACUGCCACACUAUUGCAACUGCGAUGGAAGCAUAGGAUGUAAGUUUUUAAAAUUAAGAUGUGGCAAUGGCUUUUUAAAAAGGAUUGGAGCAAUUCAUGGGUUCCUCAUUGGACUGUGGAUAUUGCCGUACUGGUCAGGAAGGAAGGGACUUUGCUUCCUCCACACCACAGCUGUUGUGGAAGCUGAGUGUGCUGAUGGAGCAUGGACAGAGCAAUUUCUCUGAUCCUCUUGCAUUUCCAUGCUAGCCUGGGAGGAAGGUACUUUGUUUCGUAGCAUAGAAGACGGAUGAGCUGACAGAAGAGGCACACAAUGAUUUGUACCCCACUCCACCAGCCUGCUCGCUCACGUGGAUGAAGUUCCAUGAAUGCGCCUGCAUGGAAUUCCUGGUCACCCAUGAUGAGUAAUUCAAUACAAGGUGGUUAUAUCUUAUUUGUGUACAAAUAAAUCGGAACUUAAAAGGUUAAAGGCAAGCAGUUCUAAGAGAAGAAUCAUAGGCUGGCUUUAUUAUACAGGAAGUAAGUUACCAUGCCCAUCACAUUGAGUUGGAGAAGAUGGUUAGACACUAGAAGUCAUUCUGGUUGGAAUAUUUAAUGCAGCUAUACAAAUACAUCCUUGAACAAUCUCUGUUCUUUGGAAAAAGAAGUGCUUGAAACAUCCAUAUAAAAAAACCUCUUAAUACUAAGCUUUCAAAUGACACCCAUAUCAGUUUUUAGAAGUCACUACAUACAAAAGAACAUUCUUGGCUUCAUGGAAUAUUUUAUUGUAGUCAAUUGAUGGUAUUAUUUUUUACUUGCCAACUGAAAAGUGUCUCAGCCCAUGGAGGUAUAGCAGUUUCUGUUGCUUUCAGUUUUGCAUCAGGUAAUUACAUUCUGGUAUACAGUCGUACCUUGGUUCUCGAAUUACCUUGGUACUCGUUCAAUUUGGCUUCUGAACACUGAAAACCCGGAAAUAAGUGUUCCGGGUUUUUAACGUUUUUCGGAAGCCGAACAUCCGACGUGGCUUCCACUUGAGUGCAGGAAGCCCCUGUAGCUAAUUGGAAGCUGUGCCUUGUUUUUUGAACGUUUUUGGGAGUUGAAUGGACUCCCGGAACGAAUUAAGUUUGAGAACCAAGAAUUAAGUUUGAGAAGCAAGGUUCCACUGUACUCUUAUAAACAGACGAAUGACCUUGUGAUAGCAUUUUGAAUGUUCUGCAUCUUGGGAUCAUAUUACUAGGUAUUCCCAAAAUCUUAACAUCUCUUAACAUAUCUCUUGAGUAGGUAGAAACUUGGAAGUGCAUGUGAUACUUACCAUAGUAUGUUUUCAAAGCUGGGGGUGCAUGGGGGGGUCCCCACUGAGGACCUGGUAUGAUAUUGCUCUUGCAAGUAGCAGUUGGCUCGGAAGAUUGUAUAUACCUGUUAGGGAACACAGAGGGUAGUGAGGUAGUAUGGCUUUCUGGCUGUAACUGUGUUUGCCCUAUGGAUUGUUUGGUGGUGGUGUUGCAUAGCAUGCACAUCAUAUGUCUUGAAAGAUGUAGCUAUUUUUGUCAGCUAGUAUUGUGACAUAUCACUUAGUGUAUAGCAAUCAAACUGAAGAGGUGUGUAUCUGAAAUUCACACCUUGAGUUUGGCUUCUAAACUCGUAAUACAAAUUACUACUUAUUUCAGUAACUUAGGAAGGAAAAUACUGAAGUUUUGUGGUGGUCUCCACUUGCAAAUUUAUAUUUGGGUUCUUUUGCUAAUAUUUGAACAGCAGAAUUGCACCUCUUUGGUAAUAAAGUACUUGAGCAGUUGCAUUCAUGUACAGGCAGGGUGGAUAAAAAUCAAUGAUUUUUUUUAAAAAAACAACAACCAGAAUUUUAAAUUAUUUAAAUCAGGCUUUUUUGAUUUAAAUCAGAUUUCUUUGAUUUAAAUCGGAUUUCUAAAAUAAAAUGCUUUUGGAGGAAAAAGCUUUCUAAAGAUGGUUUGCUAUUUAAGUUACCGUAUUUUUCGCACUAUAGGACGCACUUUUUUCCCCUCCAAAAAUGAAGGGAAAUGUGUGUGCGUCCUAUGAGUGCGAAUGCAGGCUUUCACUGAAGCCUGGAGAGUGAGAGGGUCGGUGCGCACCGACCCUCUCGCUCUCCAGGCUUCAGGAGAGCCCCAGCGCCAGCCCCACAAGGUCGGGGGACAGAGGGAGGCGGAGCGCCGCCAUCCCGCUGUCUCCCGAAGUGGUUUGGAGGCUGACGGCGGGAGACCCCGCCGCCGGCCCCGCAAGCUCCGGGGACAGCUGGGAGGCGCAGCGCGUCUUCCUGCUGGGCCCGGACCUUAUCUGAAGGCGGGCGGGGGGGAGAAACGGGCUUCUCCCCGCUGCCUGCCCCGCAAGCUCUGGGGACAGCUGGGAGGCGCAGCGCGUCUCCCCGCUGUCCCCGGACCUGACCUCAAGGCGGGCGGCGGGGAGAAGAGCGCUUCUCCCCGCUGCCUGCCCCGCAAGCUCCGGGGACAGCGGGGAGGCGCAGCGCGUCUCCCCGCUGUCCCCGGACCUGAUCUCAAGGCGGGCGGCAGGGAGAAGAGCGCUUCUCCCCGCUGCCUGCCCCCAAGCUCCGGGGACAGCUGGGAGACGCAGCGCGUCUUCCCGCUGUCCCCGGACUUGAUAUCAAGGCGGGCGGCAGGGAGAGAGCGCUUCUCCCCGCUGCCUGCCCCAAGCUCCGGGGACAGCUGGGAGGCGCAGCGCGUCUUCCCGCUGCCCCCGGACUGCUAUCAAGGCGGGCGGCGGGUAGAAGAGCGCUUCUCCCCGCUGUCUGCCCCCACGCUCCGGGGACAGCUGGGAGACGCAGCACGUCUUCCCGCUGUCCCCGGACCUGAUGUGAGGCGGGCGGCGGGGAGAGAGCGCUUCUCCCGCUGCCUGCCCCCAAGCUCCGGGGACAGCAGGGAGGCGCGGCGCGUCUUCCCGCUGUCCCCGGACCUGAUGUGAAGGCGGGCGGCGGGGAGAAGGCGCUUCUCCCGCUGCCUGCCCCCAAGCUCCGGGUACAGCUGGGAGACGCAGCGCGUCUUCCCGCUGUCCCCGGACCUGAUGUGAUGGCGGGCGGCGGGGAGAAGAGCGCUUCUCCCCGCUGCCUGCCCCCAAGCUCCGGGGACAGCAGGGAGACGCAGCGCGUCUUCCCGCUGUCCCUGGACCUGAUCUCAAGGCGGGCGGCAGGAGAAGAGCGCUCUCCCCGCUGCCUGCCCCCAAGCUCCGGGGACAGCUGGGAGACGCAGCGCGUCUUCCCGCUGUCCCCGGACCUGAUCUGAAGGCGGACUGCGGGGAGAAGAGCGCUUCUCCCGCUGCCGGCCCCACAAGCGCCUGGGUGAAAUAAUUUUUUUUCCUUUAUUUCCCCCCCAAAAAACUUGAUGCGUCCUAUGGGCCGGUGCGUCCUAUGGUGCGAAAAAUACGGUACAUUAUAGUCCAAAGGCUAUUCAUCAGGAAAUAAGGAUUUGUUUUAAGUUUUUCAUGUGUGCUAAAACUCAGUCUGUUGUUUUUUUUAAACGGUCGUUUAACCACAUCAGUUAACAAACAUGGAUACAUAUGCUAUAAUGUUAUUGUUUUAGUUAAAUAAAUUGUUUAAAUUGUUAUUAAGGAAAUUAUUUUUUCCCUUCUAAUAAAGUACAGCAGAAAAGCUGUCCAAAUAUAAACAAUAAUUUCAUAACCUGUCUUUGUAUUUCUGUUAGUAUAACCAAAUCAGUAAUUUUUGAUAUAACUGUAAAAACUACUCUGAAAAUUUAUUAUUCCAAAAAUGAAACCUUCAUCUGGUUGUAAAUAUUAAGAUUAUACCAGCAAUAAUGAGUCUUUCUGUAAAAAAAUGAUUUAAAUCAAGUCUUACUAACUAGUGAUUUAAAUCAAUUUGAUUUAAAUCAAAUCCACUCUGUGUACAGGUAGUGCUACUGUAUUUUUAUUGUGUUCAGUGGCACUUACUCCCAGGGAAGUGUGUACAGGAAUUGCAACCUUCCUGUGAUAAAUAUAGCUGCAUAUGUAUUAUUUGUUGUCUGCCACAGAAAGUGUAAAAUCUACAAAUAUACUCAUUUGUUGAAAUACUCAGUAAUGAAAGUCAGAUUAAUCUGAAUUUUCUAAAUGCAUAAGCAUAAUUUGAAAUAUUACAUUUAACAAAAUGAUGUAUAUAUGUUGUGUCACCUUGUUUUCUAGGCAAAAUUCAACAUGCUUCAAAUUCCUGUGCAAAAUCUUGAUAAUAUAAGGAAGGCUCGGAAGAAAGUAAAGGGUAUUCUAAAGGAUAUUGGGCUUGACAGCUGCCAGGAGUUACUUCAGGUAAGACCCUUAUAGUUCUCUAUUGUCAUUCUUCUUAAGUGAGCUCAUGAGUCUUAUAAGUGUGGAAAUAUUGGUUGAAAAAGAGGAGUGGAAAACCAAUUCCAGUACAAUUGUCCAUGAGUAAAACAUCAUGAGAUCCUCUGUAAGUCACUGUGUGAGUGAUCAUAGGUCUUCAACUGUCUUUUUAUGGGAUUCAAUUUGGGGAUUUACUUGUAGCAUGCAUAUUGACUCUUUCUUAAGAGAGAGGUUUGCAGAUUGGAACUCUUCAGUUAUUUAUUUAUUUAUUUAUUUAAUACAUUUUCCUCAUAUUUCAUUUAGGAUGACUCUUAGAUUACAUCCUAUGAAACACGACUUGAUAUAUUUCAUGUGUCUAUUUUUCUUAAAAUAAAUAUAGAAGUAGGUGAAAGCUUUGGUUUGCACAAAAGAAAGUAGGAAGUACUAAUAUACUAGUUUGGCUUGUCAAGAAACAGUAUUUACAUAAUACACAACUGCUUCAACACCUGUAAAGCUAGAAAAAAGACCAACUAUGAUAGGUCACAUGAAAAUAUGAAUGGAAUGAGAGAUCUUUGUUUAGCUUACAGAUUCAAGCAAAUUGGCAUUGGGUACAUUAAUCUGGGACACGGGUGGCGCUGUGGGUUAAACCACAGAGCCUAGGACUUGCCGAUCAGAAGGUCGGUGGUUCGAAUCCCUGCGACGAGGUGAGCUGCCGUUGCUCGGUCCCAGCUCCUGCCAACCUAGCAGUUCGAAAGCACGUCAAAGUGCAAGUAGAUAAAUACCGUAUUUUUUGCACCAUAACACUCACUUUUUUCCUCCUAGAAAGUAAGGGGAAAUGUCUGUGCGUGUUAUGGAGGGAAAGCCUAUGGGUGGCGGGGGGGAUCUGCUGCAGUCGUGAGCAGAGGAUCCAUGGUUCCCCUUCCUUCCCUCCUCCGUGGCUCGCUUUGAAACAGCAAAGCGGGAGAAGAGCCGCUGAGUGGGGAGGAGAGAUGGACAGAGAGCCUGCUUCUUUAAAGGAGCAAAGCGGAAGAGGAGCCACUUACACAAGUGUAAGCGGCUCCUGUCCGGUUGGUUCCUUUAAAGCAAGCAGGCUCUCUGUCCCUCUCUCCUCCCCACUCAGCUUGCUACAUAGCAGCAAAGUUUUUCAGCUCGCUAAGCCGGGGAUGAGCGGGGAGGAGGGAGAAAAGCAGAGCCUGCUUGCUUUAAAGGAGCAAAGCGGGAGAGGAGCCUUCUCCCCUUAUACCCCUCUUCUUCAUUAUUAGUAGCAUCCUUCUCCACCCACCCCACGCAUGUUCCUUCUCCCCUUAAACCCCUCACUUGCAUUAUUAGCAGCAUCCUUCUCCACCCACCCCACGCAUGCUCCUUGUCCCUUGAGUGCUUUUCCUUCCCUCCCCACUUAAAACGUGGUUACAAAGCACGGAUCCACAUGGAUCCUCAGGAUUUUUGCACUGGGUCACCCCAAAUUCACCAUCAGAUCACAUAGCAUGUCCAUGGCUACAUCUUGCACCAAAAAAAUCACGCACCCACUGUUGCCUGGGGCCGCAGUGGUGCAAAAACGUGGUUACAAAGCAUGGGUCCACAUGGAUCCUCAGGAUUUUUGCACUGGGCUACUCCAAACUCACUGUCAGAUCACAUGUCUGUGGCCACAGCAUGAACCACAAAACUCAUACAUCCAUUGUUUUGUUUAGAAUAUUUUUUUUCUUGUUUUCCUCCUCUAAAAACUACGUGCGUGUUAUGGUCGGGUGCGUGUUAUAGAGCGAAAAAUACGGUAGGUACUGCUCCGGCGGGAAGGUAAAUGGCGUUUCCGUGCGCUGCUCUGGUUCACCAGAAGCGGCUUAGUCAUGCUGGCCACAUGACCCGGAAGCUGUACGCUGGCUCCCUCGGCCAAUAAAGCAAGAUGAGCGCCGCAACCCCAGAGUCGUCCAUGACUGGACCUAACGGUCUGUGGUCCCUUUACCUUUACAUUAAUCUGAGGCUGUGAAGCUCAAAACAUAAGAUUUUAAAAACAUGAUUACUUCAAAUACAGUCACCCUACUCUCACUUGGAGUGGGAAUGCACGUCAGUUAAAAAGACUGGGCAUUCCUGCUUCCUCCUUUAUUGUGAGAAAAGAAUGGGAAAGAGGAAGUGUGUCUUUAUGGAACUGGUAGCAGAGAUUUGACUAGGCUUCCUUCUGGAUAAAGGGCUAGUAGGACUUUGCUCAGAUAAUUUUGUCUUGGUGGCUGCUGGGGAGCUGUUGGAGUGUGUGUUUAUCUUCAACACCUAUAUAUUUUGCUAUCGGUGCGCAUGCUAUGGAAGCUUCAGUAAAGCUGUUAAGCUCACCAACACGAACUAGUUAUUUUACUUGGCACACACAACACAACACACACACACACUACAUAUUUACACACUAUAUACAGGUAACAUGUAGGCUUCUCUCCUUCUGGUACCAGAGGGGUUUCUGUACUUUAAAGUCCUUGCUGAACAAAGUCCACACACAAGCCAACUUGCAGUUAUUCUUGCAACAACUUAAAAUCCUCUGGUCCCGAAGUCUGGCAAUUCUCCCAAGUCUUCUCAGACAAGCUCUUCUCAAAGUGUUCAGGUAACUCCACAGUUACACAAGGAUCCACUCCUUCCUGAUAAUGACCACAACCAACGACCCAUGACCAGUGCUGUAAUCUGAGCUCUUUCAUACACAAAGUUCAAUCUGCCCAGUAACACUAAUAGGGAAGUCACCAGAUUCAGCCAGGUGCAUCUCAGCAAUGAGAAAGCUCUUCCCUCACUAAAUAAAACUAACCCCUUAACAGGAGGUUGGCAUGAGUUUCUGGUGAAUUUGUGCAGGAGUAUUAGUCAUUGUAUUGCUUUGACUAUUUGUUGUGCAUGAUAAAUAAUAUUUUAAUGGUUUUCUGAAUUUUGGAAAGACUGAGGGAAAAGUAAAACAAGAAUAGAAUAGUAUUUUUUGCUGUAUAAAAGCAGCAGAAGCUGCUGGUGAUGUUGUAGCAUCUGGAAACAACAUACACACAGUGUGAAUACAGUUGACUAAGUUAACAUGUAGCUAACGGGGCCACAUUGUAAAUGUGUAUAGCAAUUCAGAUAGCUGUGCCUGGCUUUGCUAUAGUAUCAUGUACAUAUUGCUGUUGCUCCACCCCUAGUUACUGGCUAGUUCAUUGCUAUGAAGUGAAAAUCUACCCUUCCAUGCAUUGUUGCCAUGAUUUGUCACUAUUUCCUGUUUUUUUUUGUUUACAGAAGUUGAUAGUCUUAAAAGUUUGCACCAAGCAGAUGAGCAAAAUAUUGUUUACUCUUUUUAGGAAAAACUGAAGUUCCCCCAAGUUGUUUUUCAAUUUCGUAUUACUAUUAUUUAUACCCCAUCCAUCUGGCUAGGUUGCCUUAAAGAGUAUGCAUAGGGUUUUUAAAGUUAUUUUUUUUAAAAAAAAACUGAAAUCAAGGUCAGUCACAAACAUUCCAUCACGGCACUUCAUUACAUCAAACACGCAGAACUUUAACUUCAGAGAUAUGACUAUAGUUUCUUGACAAGCAAAGCUUGUUCAGAUACACCAGAAAGUGUGCAUUUUAAAAGUCUAGCUCAAUUAAUUGCAAAUAUUUAAAACUUUCAAAUUGCAUAAACUACACUUGAAAUAGAUUAAACUUGAAAUCUGAACAAAGUUGGAAAGGCAGGGGAGACAAGCUGUAAAGAAAACUCUAGCUGUGAGACUCUAUAGCUUGGGUUAAUACCUUCCACGCUCAGUGUAACCUGUAGAUUACCCACACAGAAGCAAGUAGUGUGGGGAAGCCUUAAGAUCUGAUAAGCACACCAACUUUACCACACUUUGAAAUCCAUUAUUGGAAAAAGGCGACAUAGCAUAUAUAUUUUUCAAAUUGCAAUUUUAAUUUUGAGGUUGUAUCCAGUAUUGUGUGAGUAGAGCUGUGCUUGUGCCGCCUCUACUCACUAGCCCCUAAUCUGCUUCAGAGGGUCCCCCAACUCUCGAGCAGUUUUCGCUGGUGUUUUGGGACUGCAGGGCAGGGAGGAGUCCUGUUGUGCUAGGGAGGUGUUGUGAGUGAAUGGAGCAGAAGCAUUGGAUACAGCCUGCAGUUUAUAUCCAACAUAAUGAGCUUAUUGACUUAGAAUUGUAUAAAAUAGGGUUUUCUUUUAGUUGCAUGCUGUUUUAGAAAUCUUUGUUUUUUCGUAGACCCUGAAAAGUUUUGACCCAGGAGAAAAAUAUUUCUGCAACACUUCGUGGAGUGAUGUGUCUCUUUGGGAGUCUGUGACCAGAAGAAGGGUAUGUUUAUUCAUUACAGUUUUCAGAAUGCUGUUUGAGCCCACUGGUUUGUAAAUACCUAGUGGAUUUUUUUUAGCCUUUGUGAUACAGCAUGGGAUCAACUGUGCAAUGCAAACUGUUUCUUAGAUGGCUAUCGAUCUUAGAAGCUGAUUGCAAUAUAGUAAGAGGUGUGCAUGCUUUUCUUAAGUUCACAUGGAACUUGGUAUUUUUUUUUUUUUUUUUAGGAUGCCAUUAUAAUGACUGAUUAGAAGAUGAAAAGAAAAUGAUGGUCUUGAAAAUGAUGAUCUCAAAGAGUAAAGAAACUGUAUUAUUGUUUCCUGGUGACUAACUGAUCACCAAGCAGUAGCUUUCCCACAUUGUUUUCUGUGUUGGCUAGAAUCCAAAUUUUCACCCAGUUUUUGAAUGGGGCUAUGGGAUGGGGUUAUGUUGCCAGCACAGCAACAUAAAACAUCUACAUCAUUUUGCUUGUUCUGCAUACAGUUUGUGUUGUUAUGCAAGCAUUAGUGAUGAGAAAGUUGUGUUCAUAUAAAUGCAUAAGAUGUUGGCUUUUUGUUAAUACUCUCUUGGAUGUGGAAAGUUCUGAUCGCCUGAAGAAACUUUUAUGUUGACUGAAAUUAGUAUAGUGGCUUUCAGUACUUUGGUAUUUUUAUUGGACAAUCAACAUAAAUAUGCCUUUCGUAGAUGCCAGUUGAAGUAACUGCCCCUUUUUCUUGUUUUUCAGAGAUAUAGAACAAAUCCGUACUGCUGUAGCCUCUGCAAGUUCUCAUCAAAAUUUCUUUCUUCUUUCAAAAACCACUUGAACCGUUACCAUGAAGAUGAAGUUGACCAAGAAUUAGUUGUUCCUUGCCCAGAAUGUGCAUUUGCUUCUCAUUCGAAAGUAGUGGGAAAACACCUUCGUAUAUUUCACUCUAAGAAAAAAAUUCAAAACUAUAAUGUGAGUGGUGGCAUGAGACAAUUCCGGAGUGAUGCAGUAAACUUCAUAUGCCAGAAAUGUCAGUUUACAGACACAUUAUACUAUAAUACGAAGAAACAUGUAUUGGUAACCCAUUUCCAAAGCCUAAUAAGCACAUACUUUGAGGAGAGGCCUGAUGAAAGUGAAGAGAAUUUUACUGAUCACUACUGUAAAAAGUGCAAUGCUUUUGCAAACAGUCGGGAUUCUUUAAUAUACCAUGUCCUAACAUCUGAAGUACACAAAGACCUGGAGAAUAUAUUGAGACCUAUAAUUUCAGUGCAGCCUAAAAAAUCAGGACAAGCAAAGUCACAGCAUAUCGUCAGUAUUGCACCCAAGCCUUCCACAGUUGGAGCCACACCAUCGCUGAAACCUACCACUGCUUCAGUGGGUUCACCUUCUCCUACAUGUAUCCAACUUUCACUUCCAUCAGUGAAUCAGAAUCAGAAUGUGGUGCCAACAAAAGCAGUCCCAAACACAGUUGGACCAAGUGCCUCCAGUAGCCUGACACAUCCAUCAUCGUCAGCUACAGUUGCCCAGUCAUGUCAUACACUACUGCCUAGCCAAGCAGGUCCGAACAAUGUGACUCUUCGGCCUGCAGUUCCUCAUCCAGUCUUUGUUUCUCAUCGACUUCCUGUGAAGCAGCCAGUGAGACCUGACAUUCUCUGCCUAAACCAGCCUCCUGGGAGCAUAAGUCGAACUGUUCCUCCAGGAGUCCUUUCAUUCACUCGGCCUGUCCGGCCUACCCUGCUUCCUGUUAAUCAAUCUGUUAGGGCCGUUGGCAGUCCAGUUUUGCCGGGGUCUCUCCCUGUAACUCAGCCUGCUGGUUCUCUGAACAGACCCAUUGCGGCUAGCUCUGUUCCUGUAAACAGACCUUCUUCACCUGGCGUCCUUGCUGUAAACCGACCUGUUGGUAGCUCGAACCAGCCCAGUGGUCCUGGGGUCCUUCCAGUCACCCAGGCGAUCCCACCAGGGGUUCUUCAGUUUAAUCAUCCUGUUGCACCUGGAGUUCUUCCUGUAAACCAGUCAGUUGGACCUGGGAUUCUCCAGUUCAAUCAGCCUGUUGCACCAGGAGUACUUCCUGUAAACCCGUCUGUCAGACCUGGAGUUUCUCAGAAUGCUACUUUACUGACUGCGGGACCUAUCCUUCGACAGUUAAUUCCAACUGGCAGACAAGUUAAUGGGAUACCUACGUAUACCCUUGCCCCAGUUUCAGUAGCUUUGCCUGUGCCAGCGGGUGGAGGGGUGACAACAGCUCCACCUCCUCAGAUGCCUGUUCAGCUGAUGCAAUCUAGUACAGUUACUCAGCAGUCUCAGGCUCCAGCUACUGUGCCUUCCUCUGUAGUAGUAACUUCUUCCACGAAUACCCUCGCCAAGACUUCUGUCUCUGCCUCUGCAAUGAGCCUAGCCCUUAAACAGGCCAAGCAGUGGAAGACUUGCCCUGUUUGCAGUGAGCUUUUCCCAUCAAAUGUCUAUCAGGUGCACAUGCAAGUGGCUCACAAAUGCAGUUCAGGGAAGACGGGCAAGCUUGAUACAGACAAAGUUGCAGCCUGUGCACCUUUUCUGAGAUGGCUAAAAGAUAAGACGGUCAGGUGUUUUUCUUGUAAAUGUUUUCUCUCUCAGGCAGAGCUUAUAAAACAUAUUUUCAUACAUGGAUUAGCUUGCCUGUUUUGCACCAGUACUUUUCACGACCUAAAAUGCCUUGUGGAUCAUACUAAAACUGUACAUAAGGGGAAGAAGAAACUACAUGCAGAUUAUGAUGACAAAGGUUUUCAACUUGAGAGUGAUUCGGAAGGUGACCUGGUGUUUCCUCACUUUGACUUCAACAUAACUGUAAAAGAAGAACUUUGUGAAAAAGAAGUACACCUAGCAUUACUUGCUGGGGUAAAUUCAAGGACACUUAUUCCUCUGUACAUGAAGCUGCAACAUGAGACUGCUGAUAUGAAUAAUGGCAAUAAGAAAGUAUCAACUUGCCCUUUUUGUUACGGUGUUUUCACUAGCCUAGAAGCCUACGAGUUCCAUUUGAAGGACAGGCACCAUAUCAUGCCAACUGUGCACACCAUUUUAAAGACCCCAGCUUUCAAAUGUAUCCACUGCUGUGGUGUAUAUACUGGCAACAUGACUCUGACUGCUAUUGCUGUGCAUCUGCUUCGCUGCCGGAGCGCUCCCAAAGACAGCACCCCAGCUGUGAAGAUGGAGCUUGAACUCGACGAGAAGAAAGAUCUGGCACUUGUGAAUGGUGAAAAUCAUGAUGAUCCUUCUCUCUCAACGAAGAGGAAACUAUCUGAUCACCUUUAUUCUGUUGCAGAGGACCAAAUGAAUGAUGACCAGCCAUUCCUGAUUAUAGACAGUGGCACAGCCCAAGUUCCAGCUAAGGAAAUGACUUUUGUGCCUUCCAAGAGACAAAAGACUGAUCAUAAGUCUGAAACUAAGGGCCAGCCCUCCGUUGAGAAUCUUCACAUUUUAGCAUUAAAUCCAAAGCCAUUCCAGCAGUGCUCAAAUGAAGUUCAGAAACUGUUUCUUAUAGAUUAUUUUAACAAGAAGCCGUAUCCCUCUAAAAAGGAGUUAGAGUUACUGUCAUCCAGUCUGUGUGCUUGGAAAGUUGACAUUGCAUCAUUCUUUGGGAGAAAGAGACACACCUGCCUAAGGGCAAUAAAAAAUCUUAAGCCUUCUGUGCUUUUGGGAUUCAAUAUGUCUGAACUUAAAAAUGUGAAGCACAGUUUGAAUUUAAAAUGUGAAUCAGAAGAUGUGUAAUUUUUUUUUUAAAAAAAACUCUCAUAAGGCAAUCAAGAUUGCAUAUUCAGGCAUCUGAUAUGGAUGCUUUAGUUCAGAUUCAUGCAUUGCAGGGGGUUGGACUCGACCCUUGGCAUCCUUCCAACUCGAUGAUUCUUUGAAUUGUCUCACUGAUUUAGUUUCUUGUGGUUAUUAAAAGAUUAGUACGCAGUGCCUCUUUCAUUUGGGCUGUGUGUUCUUUGUGGCAGUAGGGUACAGUAUAGUAUACCUGAGGCUCUGGGUUUUUGUUUUGUUCUUUUUUGCUGUUCAUGGGGUAGUUUUCUCUACCUAUGGUUUUUAUACAAUUGUGUAACAAUUUUCCUGGCUUUUUUUUAAAAGUACAAAUUGUUUCUAAAAGUGUAUAUGUUUGAUAAAAUAAUAAAACUAUUAGGAGGGCCAUAAUUUAAAAAAACCACCUCCUCUGUCUUUAAAAUUAAUAUGGUUAACUUGUAACCUAAUCUUCAGAUUGCUCCCCAAAUUAACAACAGAUUUACCAGUGACAGCUAUAACAAAUGCAGAAACUUUGAUUAAUUGAAAAGUAGCAGUUGCUGCCUUUAGUUAUGAAACAUGUAAGCCAAGGAUUUGCAAGCACUGUUUUCUAAACUAUUUGUUUUACAAUAAGAAACUAUGAAGGCUUACAUAAAAAAUGGCAACUUUUCUCCCCUGAAGUUAAAACUUUGGUUUAAUAAUUCUUGAUUUGCAUUUUGGAAUAAAUAAGAGAGAGGAGCUGUCCAUUUGAUAUUGAGCUAUAAUGACAACCUAGGGAUCUUUUCAUAUGGCUCUAUUGCUUGCUGGGAGCUCUGAUGACAUAGCAUACUGUUCCAGGCAGCACUUGGCUAUGUACACUUUAUGAAGGCUUUUCACUGGCUGCUCUGCUCUAUGUUAGCAAAUAAUCCCAAACCACUUUUGUUUGGGGCAAGGGAUCAAAGACUUCAGCAACACUAGCCUAGUGCAGGCCCUGAAUUUAUUCAAGUUUCUCACUGUAUUUGAAUCAAUGUUUAUUGAAAGCUCUUGCUAUCAUUACAGUAGCUGAAUUAUUUCCUGCGUCACCCAGAUGACAACCUUGUCUAAAGUUAGGCAAGAGAUUGCACAUGCAGAGUACUCUUUAAAAACAAAUAGGCCUGCGAACAAGGGGCAGGUUUUAUUGCUUCUCUUGUCUCUUACUUUUCAGCAAUGUAUGUUCUGACAUCUCUACAGAAUACUGUUGUUUUAACCACUAACAUUUAACAUUCUGUUCAACUUGACUAGGACACCUUAUUACUUUAGCAUCAAGAAAAGAAAAUGAUAUAUUUGGUGUGCUGACUUGACAUUGUCUUCUAGUUACUAACGUGUCUUUUAUGGCAAGAGAAUUUUUGUUAAGGUGAAACUGCAUGUAAAUAACUGUGCAAUUUAAGCAGUUGCAUUAUAGGCUGUUCAGUUUCUAUAAAUGUCAGAAAAUUGUUCAGAGGGCUUUUUGGUUUGGUUCUAUUCUUUAAUACAAUCUCAUCUGACAGUGAAUAAUGCCAGUGCAAAAAAUAAACAAAUUCUGCAAUGGGGGUCCUGUAGGCACAGGUAGAUUAUUUACUUUUGUUUCAGCAUUGAUCCUUAUGUAUAUGCCAGAACUUGGUGAAAGAAAUGGAUUCAGGGGUGAGCUGAAGUAGUGGUGAUUACUACUACUUCUACUGUUUUAACUUUGACCUUCAUCCAUUCAUGUGAGAAUGCCCAGAGAAUGUGGAAUAGUGCCUCCCUCUGCCAUUUUGUGGAAAAAAACUAGGAGGUAGAAGUAGUGGCAAAAGCAAGCUGCUUUUACCUGAAACCCAGAUGCUGGCAGUAAGUACAAAACAAAAAUCACUGCAGACAUUAAGGAAAGGUCAACUUGGCUUUGGGAAAUGACGACCUAUAAAUCAAAACUGACUGAAGUGCAAAUAUCUGUGUUCAGUGCCAACCAACUAAGCUGAAUUUCAACUUGGCCAAAGUUAAUAUGUGAGCUUAUUUUAAGUUGCAGGAUAAAUUAUAUGACAGUGCUAAUUAUUAUGCUUGGCUCUCACUACAGCACAUGCCUGAAUACUGCAUGUAUGAUCUGCCAAGAAUGGAAGUGAAUAGAGGUGCAUUAGUGGUGCUUUCGUGAACAGCUCCUCUUUAUUUUUCUAGACGCCAAGGAUUAUGAAGGAGUGAGAAGAGCACAUAAAGCUUGAGCUGCUCCUUACAGUAGGAGAGAGCCUGGUCUGUUACAUGUUAGAGCAAUUGAUCUGUUGACUUCAAAUAAACCCAAGUUUUCAAUUUU